AUGGAGGAAAUCCCACUAAACGAUCCUACCUACUUCACCCUUGAUCGCGACUGGUCAUUAUUAAGUUUCUUAUUAUACCGACAACAAUGCGAUGAUUUCACAGCUAAUAAAUGUGGUGAACACAAACGAUAUAUUCGCAACCUCUCAGCCAUCGUUGAAA